GACCUCGGUUAAUUUACUUCAACGAAAGGAUCGACUGAUCCGCAGAAGAGCUCGAGGACGGAAAUGACUUCAUCUGCACAUUCAGAUCUAUGCGUAUUCUUCAGCUCAUGUGGAACCAAAGAUAGUCGCUGAAGGUUCAUCUUGUCAUUACGACCUUCAGUUUGUUUCAAAUUCUGAAGAGUGCCUUGGACACCGUCGAUGAGCACAGAAUACAUCACGCUGACUUCAGUGAUCGAAAAUAAGACUAUCAAUAGAAAUGGUCUACAUUCGGACUAUGCUAGCUUGGCUCGGUUUGCCCAACGGCAUCCUUUGUUUUGGCAUAGACUUCCCUCCUUGUCACCUAGCACCAACCCUGAACUGGAGUUACCCGCUGCAAGAAUUCAACAAAAUCCACCAGCUGUUCAACGCUUAAAGUGGUUAGACACUUCAGAAAAGUUCAACAAAUCAUUGAAAGAUGAAAGUAAUAUCCCUCAAGAUACUUCAUUGAAAAAACUCACAACAUGGCGAGGAAUGACCCCCUUGGACUCUCCAAAUCGAUACUCCCCUGAGCAGAUACGCUUAGAUGCGCUGUCACCGACACCGAAGGCGGAUGAUACGUGUAGUUCAGUCUUCCAGGAGGAACCUCCACAAUCACCUUGGAAACACCGAACGUGUUCGGGGUGUAGAAACCAGAUAAUGCAAGACCGAUGUCUGGGCCUAUCCGACGGUCAAUUGUGGCACAUGGACUGUUUGAGCUGCAUUCAAUGUGGUAGGCCGCUACAGGAGGAGAGUAGUUGCUUUUACCGGCUAGGAAAUGUAUAUUGCAAGGAGGAUUAUAUCAGAUUGUUUGGCUCAUCUAGAAAGUCAGUAUCCUGUGCUGCGUGCCGGCGCCUCGUCUAUCCCUACGAUUUAGUUAUGCGAAGUCAAUUAUGCGUGUAUCAUUUAGAGUGUUUCACCUGCAGUCAUUGUCAUCGACCACUUCUACCUGGUGAACGAUAUGCGAUGCGACGAGGCCAACCAGUAUGUCAGGCUGACUUGAUGCUUUUUGACAGCUUUAGUUGCCCAUCUUCAAAUUCACCAGAGAAAGAUGAAUGCUGCAGACUGAAGAAUGACGUCUCAGACAGUGUCCGCUUUGUACUGGAACGGUCACACGUAGAUGACAGCCAGCCAUUCCUGACGGCAAUGCCGAGGGGCUCCAUUUCACCUGCAGAAAGUCCACGGUCCAAAUCUUCUCAUCCGCCACAUCAGGUCCAGCCGGAAGUUGAGCCUUAUCCGUCGGCACCCACAAAUGAGUCAGCAAGCCCGACGAUAAAGGAGCCUCCAUACGUAUUAUAUAAAACUGAAGCGUCAUCGGCAUCCUUUGACAAUCAUUUACGUUCGCUGAUAUGCUCUGCCCACACGCCCCACGAAUGCAACGAUCCGAACGACUUGGAGACCAAUCGAAGCAGCUACCAGGAACACCUUGCGCUGCGUUAUCCAGCAGUGUCGCUACUUCUUCCUCCUUCAAGCGCGUCAGUUAUCUUUGACCCCCAAUACGCCGAACAUACUCCAGGAAUCUAUCCAUCCGGGCCGAUGCUGUCAAUCUCCCAUAAAAGCGACACCUCGCAAAAUGUGACGCUUACAGCCUGUUCAGAGAGUAUGCACUCCGCAAUGCCACCACUGGUGAAGUUGUGCCAAGAACCCAAUGCUGUGAGUGCACUGGCAACAGGGAUGUUGUUAGGCUCGACUUCGUAUGAUAUGUCAUUCACCAACUUCCCCCUUCUGCUAUCCCCGAAAACAUCGAACUUGCUGAAACUGACCGAGACCAGUGCUGCUUUCCGAUACGCCGAUGUGUCUGCUGCUUCCUCAAUGUUAAUACGUCAUCAGGCACAACAGAAGCGAAAUCGGAAGAGGAGAGCUGGGUUGCAUCAAAACUACGAAUCUGUGUGCUUGAACAAUAUGCCUGGGUUUUGUCCAGGUGUUUCAACUCGUCAAAAGCGCAUGCGUACCUCGUUCAAGCAUCAUCAACUUCGGGCUAUGAAAGCUUACUUCAAUAUGAAUCACAACCCCGAUGUAAAGGACCUUCGAGUGUUGACAGAGAAAACAGGAUUGUCCAAACGGGUUCUUCAGGUUUGGUUUCAAAACGCCAGGGCCAAGUACCGGCGUGGCCUGCUUCGUCUGGAUGCCACUCAGUCUAACAACGCACUGCACAAUGCUCCGACAGCGUCUUCCAACGGCAGUGCUUCCGAGCAUGGUAGCUCGGCACGAUUGCAGAACUCCCCGUCUGACAGUGACAGUAAGACGUCAUCUGUUAGUCAGCUGGAACAUGGAAGUCAGGCCUCCUCAGCAGAAAGAAACACUUCGGUCUUGGAGGACGGUAUUAUGACGGAGCAUGCCAAGCAUCAGGAACCGCGCAUAAAACAGCGAUGUACGACUGAGCCUCCCAUAAACGUGCGAUCUCAUUUGACCAGCCCUUGCUUCGAGCAAGACUUGCUUUUAAAGGGCGCAAUUGUGUGCUCAAGCCCAGUCUCUACCGGGACCUACAGCCUUCCUUUUACCAAUUCAGUGUCCACCAUCAGAUACAAUAACUUUGAAACAAAUGGAUGUCAACCGCUUAUGGACUUUUGUUCUUUAAACGGUGUUCAUACAUGACAACGAUUCUCAACGGCUCAGUUGUACACUUACCCAAGCUUCAUUCGUAUCUAACGGAAUGCAGACUGGACGUUUGUUCCUCCAAAGCAAGUGAUGUGUACAUAAACCAUAGAUUUUCCGCAUGCUUUAUCUGAUACAUUUACGGUUGUCACCCAAGCACUUAAUACGUGUUUGACUAAGUGAUGCAAACGUGUUGUGGGAUCAACUCGUGCGCAUUGUGUGAAGGGGUAGCUCGCACUUUGAGCCUGAGUUAACAUUGACAACAAGAGUGAAUUUUAUUGAACACGCCUG